UUCAAAAAAUGACAACGAAGUCAGAGAGAGCGAGGAAAGGAAGAGGGAGAGUGAGAAAAACCGAAGUUCCAUUGCGGCUCGAUAACCUGCUAAACAUCCGUUAGCGUCCGACUAGAGGCACAACAGGCAUGAUAUCAGCUGAUCGAUGUCACAAAGCUUUCCAGAAUCCAAAUUCUAUUUUCAUUUUCCAAUUUCCACAAACAGUCGAAAAUAGCACGUUGUUAUGAUAAGUACGCGUUGAUUGUGGUCAAAAGAAUGAGCGAAGAACGUGAACGUCUCAAAUACAAACUCUACUAUGCUGCCUGUACAGGCAUGUCGAUCUCCUUAUACACCAUGUUAUCCGAACUGGACAUAAAUGAAGCAAAUCAGCUCCUCAACGAGAACCUGUCGGACGAUGAGGGCCAGGAAUGCAGCCCCCUGGUGGCUGCCGCACGGUGUGGACAUGAAAAAGUCAUUCGGAUCCUCCUCAACAAGUUCAAUCCCGACAUUGAGCAGGAGGGAGUCGUUAAAUUCGAUGGAUACGUUAUUGAGGGGGCUACUGCUCUUUGGUGCGCAGCCUGUGCUGAAGAAAACCCUGUUCUACUACCCGAGCGCAAUCAUGAUCAAAGGUUUUAUUUGCAAAGUAGCCCCUUCAACCAAUGAACGAAUGACAUCCGGAGCUGAUGUGAACCAUUCAACGAAAACAAAUUCCACGCCGUUACGAGCUGCCUGCUUCGAUGGCCGUUUGGAUAUAGUCAAGUACCUAACAUGUCAUAAGGCCGACAUCCAUUUGGCAAACAAGUACAACAACACUUGCUUGAUGAUCGCUGCCUAUAAAGGCCAUGUAGAUGUGGUGAGUUUCCUGUUACGAAACGGAGCCAAUCCAAAUGAGCGCGCUCUAUGUGGUGCGACAGCGUUGCAUUUCUCGGCUGAAUGUGGAUACCUGGAAGUAGUCAAAGAACUACUAAGCUACAAUGCCAUUUUCUACGCAAACGACACAGGCAUGACUCCUAUAAAAUCAGCGGCGGAGCGAACGCAGCAGAAAGUGGUCGCCUAUUUAGUAGAGCGGCCUGAAAUCAGCAAAGAGGAGCAAGUUGAGGCGUUGGAGCUGCUGGGGGCUUCCCUUGCCAACGACAAGGAGAACUACAACAUCAGCAAAGCCUACAAAUACCUGCAUCAGGCGAUGGCUCUUAGGUUUAGUGAUCCGGAUAGACCGAUAAUGAAGCCAGCCGUUCCCCCGAUUCCGGCCUACGAAAACUGGGUGGAAACCCAAACUUUACCCGAACUGGAGGCCAUUGCGGGAAACACCAACAGCCUGCAUAUGGAGGCCUUGGUUAUACGGGAGCGCAUUUUGGGUGUUCACAACCACGAACUGCCCCAUCCCAUCAUCUAUCGGGGUGCCGUGUUUGCAGAUAAUGCCAGAUUUGAUAGAUGUUUAGAGCUGUGGCUACACGCUUUGAAGCUGCGCCAAAAGAACCACAUACCUGUCGUGAAGGAUUUACUAAGAUUUGCACAGGUUUUUUCGCAAAUGCUCCAUGUAGGCGUGCAGGUAACUUACGUGCAGGUGAUUGAAGUGCUGGCGGCCGCCAUUAUAGAGCUCGAACGCAACAAGGAAAAGUUGGCCAAACCCGGGCCGAAAGACGAGCCCGAAACCGUUAUGGUAAUUUGCUGUUUUAUGUACAAAAUAUUGGAUGAAAUCGAAAGCAAUCUCACCACCACUCUCUAUAUUCUUACCAUUCUCACCAAGCUGAUGAAAAAGUGCAACGAGGAGGAAAAAUUUAACGUACGCCGAAUGGUUUUCGCCCUCAAUCAGCUGCAGUUAACAUUGAGGAAUGGACAGACACUUCUGCAUCUAGCCUGUAAUGCCGAAACGCCCGUCGAUGAUUUCCAUACGAAUGAUAUUUGCAAAUUUCCGUGUGCCGAAACAACACGAUUGCUGAUUAGAUGCGGCGCCAACGUCAACGCAAUGGAUAACGAGCGAAAUACUCCAUUGCACGUCAUAGUCAAUUACCAUAAGGCAAUUUCCGACUUCCUGACGCUUCACUCGAUUAUUACAGAUCUGACGGAAAACGGCGCCCACACGGACAUUGUAAAUAAUAAGGGGGAAACGCCACUGGAAUCAUCCACCACAGGUAGUGUAGCUGAAAUCAUCCUAAAGACUCAAAUCAAAAUCAGUCUGAAAUGCAUGGCAGCAAAUGCAGUAAAAGUGAACAAUAUCCCGUACCGAGGUUUGGUGCCAUCCGGUCUGGACGAGUUUAUCGAGUUGCAUGGCAAAGGAAUCGAAAGAUGGGAAACGUACAAAGCCGAACUGAACACAUUAUGAUUAAACUUCAAUUUAGACAUAGUUGCCUUACUGAUGGAAAGAUUCAAUGUUUUUUAAUGUUUUACAGUUUAGCGUUAUUUUUUUAUAAGUCAUUGGCUUUUUGAUAAAUUAGUGAUUACCAGCUUGAUGGAAUAUCGCAAUACCGCUGUGAAAUGUACGUUAAAUUAUGAUCUAUAAUUAGGAAUAAAAAUGAUUCAUCGUUAAAAUGUAUUGUGAUAUUUCAAGAGCUUCUGCUCGAAAACUUGUGCUCUCGUUGAUAAUCCUAGCGCUAAGACUAUUGACCUAUGACUUUGAGACUGUAUUUUUUUAGUUAUACUUGUACAUUGUGUUCUGUAUAAAAUGUAUAUAAAACUAGUAAACAGAAUUAGUGAAAUCGUACAGUCUAUGCAAUGUUAGGACUCCUCUAGGGUUUCGAUGUCUAGUCUCCGAUUACUAACUAAACGCUUAUAUAUACA